AUGCGCUACGCAGACCCCUCCGCCAACAGGGAUUUGUUGGGGAAUCGAACUUUGCUCUUCAUCUUCAUCUGCGCCUUUGCCUUGGUGACCUUGCUUCAGCAGAUCCUGUACAGCAAGAGCUACAUCAAGAGAGGCUUCCAGUUUGCUUGGCAGAGGGAGACCAACGGGGCCAAUUGGACUGUCUUAAUGACAGCGACCAGCCCAACAGAGCAGAACAUCAGUGGCUCCAGCUCCAGGUACUUCGAGUUUUACAAGGAGCCUUUAGAAUUUAACUCCACGAGAUGCCUGGAGCUGAGGCAGGAGAUCCUGGAGGUGAAGGUGCUGUCCAUGGUGAAGCAGUCUGAACUGUUUGAAAGGUGGAAGAGCCUCCAGAUAUGCAAAUGGGCAAUGGACGCCACGGAAGCCAGCCUCUUCAAGUCCACCUUGUCCAGGUGCUGCAACGCUCCCAGCUUUCUCUUCACCACCCAGAAGAACACCCCAGUGGAGACGAAUCUCAGGUAUGAGGUGGAGUCCAGUGGCUUAUAUCACAUCGACCAGGAGAUCUUCAAAAUGUUUCCCAAGGAAAUGCCCUACUACCGCUCUCAGUUUAAGAAGUGUGCUGUGGUGGGCAAUGGUGGCAUCUUGAAGAACAGCGGCUGCGGGAAGGAAAUCAACAGCGCUGACUUUGUCUUUCGGUGCAACCUGCCCCCCAUCUCAGGGAUAUACACCACGGAUGUGGGAGAGAAGACAGAUGUAGUCACUGUGAAUCCCAGCAUCAUAAUUGACAGGUUCCACAAGUUGGAGAAGUGGCGGCGGCCCUUCUUCAGCGUGCUGCAGAAGUACGAGAACGCCUCGGUGCUGCUGCCGGCUUUCUACAAUGUACGCAACACCCUGGUGUCCUUCCGAGUCAAGUACAUGCUGGACGACUUCCAGUCGCGGCAGCCGGUCUACUUCUUCCACCCGCAGUACCUGAGCAGCGUGUCGCGCUACUGGCUCAGCCUGGGCGUGCGCGCACGGCGCAUCAGCACGGGUCUCAUCCUGGUCACUGCGGCCCUGGAGCUCUGCGAGGAGGUGCACCUGUUCGGUUUCUGGGCCUUCCCCAUGAACCCCUCAGGCUUCUUCAUCACACACCAUUACUAUGACAACGUCAAGCCCAAGCCCGGUUUCCAUGCUAUGCCCUCAGAGAUCUUCACCUUCCUGCGCAUGCACAGCCGCGGAAUCCUCCGUGUGCAUACAGGCACCUGCAAUUGCUGCUGAAAAAAACAGGCCCACUACAGGUGUCUCAGCUCCUGGCCUCCUCCCUGAAGGAUUCCUUGACCCUGCCAUUAUGACUGCUGUCAUUCACUAAGGAUUUAGGGUUUGUGUUUGGGUCCUGGGGAGGGAGGCAGGGAGACAUUCAUAACAGG